GGAACUUCUAGCACUACUGGCACUUCGAUGAAUCCGGUUCCAGCUAGUUUUAAGGCUUAAUAAUGCAAUUUAUUUCUACAAGUCGUUUCUUGCUGUUUCCCUCUUGGGAUUGUGAAGAAAUGAAGGGAGGCGAAGAAAUGAAUUGUUUUGUGCUCUAAUAGUUCAUCUUCAGGGGGUGGAUUCACGACGUCGAGUACAGCCGCAGCUACAGGCGCAGCGGUUUUGCCUGCGCCGCCAACUAACAUGGGGGUACGGAAAAUACACUCCGGACCCCCAGCUGCUCAAUCUACACCGGCUACAUCAAGUCAAGGAAAUCGUGG